AAUUAAAUAUUUGAUUUGUUUUUAUUAAUAAAUUUUUUUUUUGCGGAAUUAAAUAAUUUGAUUUAGUUAUAAUAAGUAAUGAAAGCAGCUUUUUUUUAAUAUUUGAACAACAAAAUCGGAUAGUAUUUAUAUGGGUUCAAUGAUUAAUAGUUAAAUUUAGGGAUAAUGCAAGGAAAAUUUGAGCUAAGGUAGCUAACUCUAAAGCCAAUUGAGAUCAAUAAGCUGAUUAAAAGCGAAUUAAAUAUUCCAUUUUAGAUGAAGGCGGGAUUGAUAUCAAAAAUUUCAGUAGAAUAUGGCUCAAUUUUGCAAAUAUCAAAUGUGAAAGUUCAAGUUGAUGAGCUGAUGAUUGUACUAAAGCCUUCUUAUAAUUCAAUAAAAUCAGGAGCUGAUUAUUAUGAAUCUGAUGAGCUGAUGGAUAAACUUUCUUAAAACUAUACUAAGCAUGAAAUAGCUUUAAAGGCAAGUGAAAAAAGUAUUUUCAAGACAUUCAACCUCUAAAAAUUUAUAAGCUAGAUACAAGAAGGGUUGAAAAAGCUUGGUGGAAACAGCAGUAAGAUAUCAAAUAAUUAUGAUUUUGUAGAUGAAAAAAAAUAAAACUCAAAGCAAGAUGAUAAAGGAAUUUUUGAAAAAGCGAUAGAAGAAAAACUAAAAGAAAUGCUAGAGAAAUUAAAAAUUUCAAUAAAUAAAAUUCACAUUAGACUUGAAGAUGAUGAUAUUUCUUAUUAAAAUCCUAUAUCUAUUGGUUUACUUAUUGAAAAUUUAUUGCUGUUACCUUAAAAAAGUGAAGUUUUAUCUGUAAUUAGUACUAAAGCAAUUGAUUUAAAUGCUGAUCAAAUUUAGUAAAAUAGGGAAUCCAUUAAGUGGCUAAAAUUUCUUUAGAUAACAAAUUUGACAGUCUAUUUAAAGAAUAAAUCAGAACAAGCUAUACCAGAUAGUUUGCUUAGAGAAGUUGCUUAUUAAAAUAUGGGGAUUUUAGAAGCAAUUAAAUUUGAUGAUUUAAGGAAUUUUUUGAUCAAGUAGUUCUUUUAAUCUAGCGAUGAUUUGCACAUUUUCAAAAUACUUAAAAUAAAUUUAAUAAAGUGUAAUUAUGUUCAUACGACUUCUCCUAAAUAAUAAAAUAACUCGCACAUAACUACAAAUGUUUAAAUGAAUUCAGUAAACAUGCUUUCUUCACAAAGUCAUUUGUAAUUUAUCAACUCUUAAAUUGCAAACAUGCAGAAUAACUAUUUGAUCUAAAUGAGUAUAACUUAGCCAGAAAUUACCAUAAAUAAAGAAUAUUUUAUCACCUUAAAAGAAAUAACUGAAUUUUUGAAAAAUUAAACUUACUGGCCUUACCUUCAAAGAUUCAAACCGAAGCUACGUCCUAUAGUCUAACAAUUCAAUAACUAAAUAACAGAGGUGCAAAAAAAAGUUAAUCAGCAAAUCAUUAGAGACUGGUUUAGAGUAGUUAUUUGGAAACUUAGGUUAUAAAAGUCACAAUAAGAGUAAUAUCCAGAUGUUUAUAAAAAAUAUUAACUAACAAGUAUAUUAUAUAGUCUUUAGAAUCCUUAAUUAAUCAACUAAAAGCUUAACAUGGCAAAUUAAUAGCAAAUGCUGACAAUUUUUAAUGAAAUUUUAAAUAAAGAGCUGAAUGAGGAAAUUGAGAUGAUUUAAAAUAUGAAAGAGGCAGAAAAAAGGAGUCUGCAGCUUUUAGAAGAACUGAAAGAAUCAUCAUUUACUAUUAUUUUUAAAAUUAACAAAUUUGAGCUUUAUUUUAUUGAAAAAAAUAAUAGAUUUUUCACAUUUUUUUUUAAUUUGUUAUACUGUGAAUUUUCAAAUAAAUACAAUGAGUAUAUAUUUUUUUUUGAUUUGAGCCCUAUUUGUGUAUACCUUCAUGGUUGUGAGAAAGUAGUUAAAGCCAACAGUGAUAAGAAGGUUAAAUAAGAUACUUAAUAAGAGAGUUUGUUUUUAGGAGUUGCUCCUUUUCAACCAAGAAGCAUUUAUGAUAAAAAACUAGCAAGCGAUAAAAACAAUUAUAGCUUGCAAUAUUAAUAGGCUGAUUUAGCAUAGAAAAAGCAGAGCUCAAGAAAGAUUUUCGAUAAUAAUAAUAAUAAAUAGUAAAUAUUUACAUCAUUAGAUGGAGUACCUACUAUCCCAGUGAGCAGUAGCUUAUAAAAUAGCUAACACUUUUUUUCUCAACAAGCAACAAGAAGAUCGAAUAAUGACGUUGUUUAAUUUGAUUCGCUUUCAGAACAUUAUGCAAAGCAAGCUAAAAAUUAAGAUAUUGAUGAAUUUGUAAUAAAAGAAGAUUCUAAAUAUAGUAAUUCAUAAUAUAAUAAUUCAAGCAUGCAUUCCUCUUCUUCUCCCAAGUCGAAGAAAAGAAAACAAAUAUUUGAAUAAGAUUUUGAAAUUUAAGAAGAAUUUUUUGAUAGCAAAUCCCACAAAGAAAACAAAGAGAAAAAGAAAGUUGAUUUAAAUGAAAUGAUUAUGAAAGCAAAGGACAGAAGAGACUUGAUUGAAACUAAAACAAAUUUCUUAAUAAAAUUCUAAACAAACACUUCAAAAAAUUAAGUUAAUCUAAACGUUUAACUUUCUGAAAUUCACAUAAAUUAAGAUACAAGGGAUAUCAAAGAAAUAUUAAAUUACUUCAAAGGUUUCCCAGUAAGAGACUUUCUUAAUUGUAUAGCUGAAUGCUUUUCUAAAAGAGACUACCAAAAAGUUACAAGCAUAGUCAAAAAAGCUAAUUUCCUUAAAUAUAAAAAUGGUUCAUACAAGAUUAAUUCAUCACUUUAAAUUCAAUCUCUCUUGAGACCUUUAGCAAAUUCAAAAAAUAGAGCUAAAAAAGAACUAAAAAGAUGGUCUUUAUUUGUUUGAAGAUGACGAUGAUGAUUUAAUUUAUACUAAUUUAAACUAAAAUGAGAACACAGAUACAAAACAAUAUUUUACUAACAUCCAUUCCUAAAAUACAGAUUAAGAUUAUAUUGAUUUGGAAGAUAUAAAAAAUCUACCUAACUUUCCAAAAGAAUACUAAUCCUUGUUUUCAAAUAAUCUUCCCAGCAGGUUAGAAGCAAUAUAGGAAGAUCCUAUGGAAAUGAUAUAGACUACAUAUAAAUCAAAUACAAAGUAGUUGAACCUUUAAAAAGAAGAUGGCGAAUUUUCUAAAAUUUUACAAGGCAGAGAAAGCAAGGUGAAUACAAGGCUCAGUUUAUUAAGAUCUCAAAUUUAGUUGUAUUAAAUUUUCAACUAUUACUUGUAUAAAAAGAUAGUAGGACAGAAGAAGAAAAAAAUGAAUUAAAAAGAAAAAAAAAUAGAAUUUUUAGAUUUACUUGAUGAAUACAUAGAUACAAAAUAAUUUAAUGUCUGUAUUUCUAUUGGUUUGAUAAAUAUUGAUGCAAAAGAUCAUUUUUCUUCAGAUGAAAAUGAAAGUAUUAUCAGCAUACAAAUUCCUCCAGGAUAAAUAAUUAUUAAUUUCAAUUCUAAUCUAAGCAAUAAACAUACCGUCAGCUUUUAUCACUUUAAAAUGUCUACGACUUCUAAAUUUAAAGCAAUAAAAUAUAUGAUAAACAGAAUCAAAAAAAUGGUUGAUCUCUCAGAGAUGUUCUAAAAAGAAGAGGAUGAAGACUAUGAAAUAGAUUUUUGACUGUUAUAGCUUGACUAUUAAAUUAUUUAACUUUUGCAUAUUUUAACAUAAUUAUUAUUUUACUAUAGUAUUAUUUCAAAAAAAAAAAAACUUGAUACUUUUAUUUUUAAAUCUUACUUUACUUUUCUUUAUCUUUAGUUAUUCUUUACAGCAUAAUGUUAUUAUCAAGAAUAAUUUGUAACCUUUGGCAAUAUUUGGCUACUUUUGAUAUUAUUUUUAUCAAUUUAAAUUAUGGAUCUUAAUUAAUU